AUGCAGAGCAAGAGCGAGGGUUCCGUCUGGUGGCCCGGUAUCGGUGAACACAUCGCCAAUUUUGUGACCAGAUGCCCAACAUGCCAAGCACACAGGAGAUCCCGGGCGGAACCCCUGCUUCAGACCGAACUUCCGCCGCGACCUUGGCAUACCGUGGGCAUGGACAUCUUCUACAAAGACAAACAAAACUAUUUGGUCAUCGUAGACUACUACUCAAAGUUCUUCGAGCUGAGGUGUCUUCCAAAGACUACGACGGCUGACAUCAUAAUGGCAUUGGGUCCGGUGUUUGCCUGUCACGGCAUUCCAGCGGUGAUAAGGACUGACAACGGGCCGCAGUUUGCCUCGAAGGAGUUCGCCCGAUAUCUGCAACGGAUCGGUGUGGUCCACGUGACGUCCAGCCCGUACUACCCUCAAAGUAACGGCCAGGCAGAGCGGGCGGUUCAAACGGCAAAGUCUCUUGUAGCCAAGUCGUCAGACAUCUACGACGCUCUUCUGGCGCAGCGGACGACCCCAGGGAAGACCGGAUACUCACCGGCGGAAUUGCUAAUGGGACGACGUCUGCAAUCCACGGUGCCAGUUCCACAGAGCUUUCUGCAGCCACAGUGGCCGUACUUGGAACCGUAUCGAAGGAGCUACGCCCAGGACCAAGCGGUCCAUGCAAGGCACUACAACCGGAGGCACAGGGCCUCAUCUCGCCGGCCUUUCCGAAACCGAACGGCCGGUGAGAAUUCUCGCAGGAGCGGCAGCACAUGGGGCCAUCGUCGGUCAGGCCUCUACACUCAGGUCCUACGUCGUGGCAACUUCAACGGGGAUAACCAGGCGCACUAG